CACACUGACAAAAUGCGUCUCUUUCAGUCCCCAAAACCACGCCAUUAAUCAAAUCCCUAAUUCCUUCCCUUCAUUCACAGCUGCAGAAGAAGAAGAAGAUGGCACCCAAAAGGAAGCAGCCCGCCGCCGACGGAUCCGCCGUCGCCGUUGCCAGAGUUACUCGGAGCUCUACGCGCCAAGCCAAAACCACCGCCACCGCCACCGCCACCGCAGCAAAUACCCAACCAAACAAAAGGAAGAAGACGACGAAGACCACCGUGAGCCCGUCCUCCGAGCCGCCGGAGGUGGUGGACCCGGAGGUUUCGGAUGCCUCGAAAACCAUCAUAAUCGAGCACUGCAAGCAGUGCAACUCGUUCAAGACGAGGGCCGUCCAGGUGAAGAACGGCGUGGAGAAGGACGCGCCGGGAGUGAAAGUGGUGGUCAACCCCGAGAAGCCGCGGAGAGGAUGCUUCGAGAUUCGGGAAAAAGGCGGGGAAACGUUCGUCAGUUUGCUGGACAUGAAGAGGCCUUUCAAGCCCAUGAAGGAUCUCGACAUGGAGAAGCUCAUUCUCGACAUUGUGGAGAAGAUAAAGUAAUUAUAAGUUCAUCGGAGAUUGAUUAGACAGGCAGGCACUCAUUUUUGUCGGAUUUAUGGAUGGAUCGACUUUUGGUGUUAUGUUAUAGAUUAUUAAUUAAUUAUUGUCUUGAACUGAACUGAACCUUUACUUCCUGCCAUUGAUGGUGUAUUUUGUGCUUGGUAUCUGCCUGCAUCUACUUUUGGGGAAGAAGAUGAAAUCGACAAUGGUUUUAUUUCUGAAAUUUGUGGUCUUGAUUUUACCAAA